AUGAAUCCAAUCAACGAUCGUAAAUCCGAUUACUGGAAGCACCUCAAGAUGCGCCAAGGCGACAAUGAGACUUUCAAGAUCGCCGCCUCUGACAAGAGGUACAUCUGGUUCAACCCAGACCCCAAGGAGCGUGAUGCCUACGACUGCGGUGAGAUCGUCCGUGAGACCGCCGACUCCUUCGUCUUCAAGACCCCCCAGGGCGAGGAGCGCACCGUCAAGAAGGACGACGCCAACCAGCGUAACCCAGCCAAGUUCGAUGGUGUCGAGGACAUGUCUGAGCUCUCCUACCUCAACGAGCCAGCCGUCUUCCACAACAUGCGUGUCAGAUAUGGUCAAGACCUCAUCUACACCUACUCAGGACUCUUCUUGGUAGUCGUCAAUCCCUUCAAGAGAUUGCAGAUCUACACUAACGAGAUGGUUGACCUGUACAAGGGAAGAAGAAGAGCCGAGGUUGCCCCUCAUAUCUUUGCCCUUUCUGAUGGUGCCUACAGAGCUAUGCUCGAUGACCGCCAGAACCAGUCGCUCCUGAUCACUGGAGAGUCUGGUGCCGGUAAGACCGAGAACACCAAGAAGGUCAUCCAGUACUUGGCCGCCGUCGCCGGUAGAACCGCCGGAGGCACGUUGGAGCAGCAGAUCCUCCAGGCCAACCCAAUUCUCGAGGCCUUUGGUAACGCCAAGACCACCCGUAACAACAACUCGUCCCGUUUCGGAAAGUUCAUUGAGAUCCAGUUCAACAGCGCUGGUUUCAUCUCUGGUGCCUCCAUCCAGUCCUACCUCUUGGAGAAGUCCCGUGUCACCUUCCAAGCCGAGCAGGAGCGUAACUUCCACAUCUUCUACCAGCUCAUUGCCGGUUCCACCUCUGAGGAGAGAAAGACCUUUGCCCUGGCCGCCCCAGAGUCCUACAACUACCUCAACAGCUCGGGCUGCAUUGACAUCAAGGGAGUCAGCGACGUCGAGGAGUACAAGCUCACCCGUAGCGCCAUGACCAUCAUGGGCUUCACCGCCGACGAGCAGACCUCCAUCCUCAAGGUUGUCUCUGCCAUCCUCCACCUCGGUAACAUCCGUUUCGAGAAGGGAUCCGGCGAGGGUGCCAUCCUCAAGGACAAGUCCGCCCUCAACAACGUUGCCACCCUCCUCCAGGUCAACCCAUCGACCCUCGAGAAGGCUUUGAUCGAGCCACGUAUCCUUGCCGGUCGUGACCUCGUCGCCACCCAUCUCACCCCAGAGAAGGCUGGUCACUCACGUGAGGCCUUGUCCAAGGCCCUCUACGGCCGUCUCUUCCUCUGGUUGGUCAAGAAGAUCAACCAGGUCCUGUGCCAGGAGCGCAAGGCCUACUUCAUUGGAGUGCUCGAUAUCUCUGGUUUCGAGAUCUUCAAGGUGAACUCGUUCGAGCAGAUGUGCAUCAACUACACCAACGAGAAGUUGCAGCAGUUCUUCAACCACCACAUGUUCAAGCUCGAGCAGGAGGAGUACCUCAAGGAGAAGAUCAACUGGACCUUCAUCGAUUUCGGUCUCGACUCGCAGGCCACCAUCGACCUCAUCGACGCCCGUCAGCCCCCAGGACUGUUGGCCCUCCUCGACGAGCAGUCUGUGUUCCCCAACGCCACUGACAUCACCCUCAUUGGCAAGUUCCACUCCCACUUCUCCAAGAAGCACCCCAAGUACGAGGAGCCACGUUUCUCCAAGACCGAGUUCGGUGUUACCCAUUAUGCCGGUCAGGUCAUGUACGAGGUCACCGAUUGGCUCGAGAAGAACAAGGACCCACUCCAGCAGGAUCUGGAGCUCACCUUCAAGGAGUCGGGCGACAGCUUGGUGUUGAAGUUGUUCAACGACCCAGCCAUUGCCUCGCGUGCCAAGAAGGGUGCCAACUUCGUCACCGUCGCCGCCCAGUACAAGGAGCAGCUCUCGUCGCUCAUGGCCACUCUGGAGACCACCAACCCACAUUUCGUCCGUUGUAUCAUCCCCAACAACAAGCAGUUGCCCGCCAAGCUUGAGGACAAGGUCGUCUUGGAGCAGCUGAGAUGCAAUGGUGUGCUCGAGGGUAUCCGUAUCACUCGUAAGGGUUUCCCCAACCGUGUGAUCUACGCCGACUUCGUCAAGCGUUACUACUUGCUCGCCCCCAACGUUCCACGUGAUGCCGAGGAUGUCCAGAAGGCCACCGGUGCCGUCUUGAAGCACCUCAACAUCGACGAGGAGCAGUUCCGUUUCGGUCUCACCAAGAUCUUCUUCCGCGCUGGAAUCUUGGCCCGCAUUGAGGAGGCUCGUGAGUUGCGUAUCUCCGAGAUCAUCAAGUCAAUCCAGGCCGCCGCCCGUGGUUGGAUCGCCCGUAAGGCCUACAAGCAAGCCCGUGAGCACACCGUCUCUGCCCGUAUCAUCCAGCAGAACCUGCGUGCCUACUUGGAGUUCAAGAACUGGCCAUGGUGGAAGCUGUUCAGCAAGGCCCGUCCCUUGUUGAAGAGAAGAAACUUCGAGAAGGAGAUCAAGGAGAAGGAGAGAGAGAUUGGCGAGCUCAAGUCAUCGCUCUCCGAGACCCAGUCCCAGAAGGACCGCGUCGAGAAGACUCUCCGCGAUGCCGAGGGCAACGUCCAGGACCUCCAGCGCCAGCUCAAGGCCGAGAAGGAGGCUUUGAACGCCCUCUACGACACCAAGGACGCCUUGGAGUCCGACAAGAACCAGCUCCAGAUCCGUAUCUCAGACAUGGAGAUGGACCUCGACGAGAGAAAGGCCCAGAUCGAGACCCUCCAGUCCCAGAAGAGGAACGCCGAGGAGAAGGUCCGCGACCUCGAGGACGAGUUGGCCGAGGAGCAGAAGCUCCGCGCCGGUCUCGAGAAGUUGAAGAAGAGAUACGAGGAGGAGGUCGAGGAGCUCAAGAAGCUCAACGACGGCCAGCAGGACACCAUCGUCCGUCUUGAGAAGAUCAAGAACGACCUCCAAAAGGAGGUUGAGGAGCUCACCGAGUCCUUCUCAUCCGAGUCUAAGGACAAGGGUGCCCUCGAGAAGACCCGUGUCCGUCUCCAGGGUGAGAUCGACGAGGUCUCUGCCAAGCUCGAGUCCGAGUCCAAGGACAAGAACGAUCUUCUCCGCCAGAAGAAGAAGCUCGAGGAUGAGUUAGCUCAAGUCACCGAGCAGCUCGUUCAAGAGACCGCCGCCAAGGUCGCCCAGGAGAACGCCAACAAGAAGCUCCAGGGUGAGUACACCGACCUCAACGAGAAGUUCAACAACGAGGUCUCCCAGCGCAACAACCUCGAGAAGACCAAGAAGACCCUCGAGGGCCAGUUGACCGCCGUCGGCAACGAGUUGGAGGAGGAGAAGAAGCAGCGUGAUGGCCUUGAGAAGAAGAAGAAGGCCCUCGAGGUGAUGCUCGACGAGAUGAACAGCCAGCUCGAGUCCACCGGUGGUGAGAAGAAGUCCCUCUACGACCUCAAGGUCAAGCAAGAGCAAGACCUCGAGAUCCUGCGCAAGCAGAUCACCGAGCUCCAGUCCACCAUUGCCAAGCUUGAGAAGAUCAAGGCCACACUCGAGGCUGAGGUCGCCCGUCUCUCUGGUGAGCUCGAUGCCGAGCGUCAAGCCAAGGAGAACCUCGAGAAGUCCAAGAAGAAGGUUGAGGCCGAGCUCGAGGACGUCAAGCAGCACCUUGCCCAGGAGCAGACCAGCAAGGGCAACCUCGACAAGACCCGCAAGAAGCUCGAGCAGGAGCUCUCCGAGGUCAAGCAGCAGCUGGACGACGCCAACAACGGCAAGUCAUCAUCCGAGUCUAACAACAAGCAGCUUGAGGGAACCAUCGGUAACCUCAAGGUCGAGCUCGACCAAGAGACCAAGGCCAAGCAAGCCCUCGACAAGAAGCGUCUGGCCCUCGAGAACGAGAUUAAGUUUGCCAACGAGCAGCUCGACGAGGAGAAGAAGCAGCGUGAGGCCACCGAGCGCCGCAAGGCCGACUUGGAGAAGGAGGUCCAGUCCCUCAAGGACCAGAUCGAGGAGGAGUCCACCCACAAGAAGGGCGCCAACGAGAUCCGUGCCAAGAAGGAGCAGGAGCUCGACGAGCUCAAGCGCCAGUUCGCCGACAUUGUCUCAUCACGUGACAAGGCCGUCGAGCAGAACAAGGCUCUGCAGUCCAAGAACGAGGAGCUCAAGAACGCUGCCGACGAGGCUGAGGGCAACCUCGACCGCUCGGAGCGCGCCAAGAAGAAGGCCGAGUACGACCUUGAGGAGUCCACCAAGCUCGUCGAGGAGGAGUCUGCCAAACGCGCCAAGGCUGAGAAGGCCCUCAAGAAGGCUGAGGCUGACCACCGUCAGGCCCGUACCGACGCCGACGACCAGAAGGCCAUCGCCUCCGACCAGUACGUCCAGCUCAAGCGCCUCAACGAGGAGCUCAGCGAGAUGAGAUCCAUCCUGGAGGAGUCUGACGACCGUUCCAACAACGCCGUUAAGUCCAAGAAGGCCGCCGAGACUCAACUCGAGACCCUCAAGGACGAGUUGGACGCUGCCAACCUUGCCAAGUCCAAGGCCGAGAAGAAGGCCAAGGAGGCUGAGGUCCGUGUCAUUGAGCUGGAGGAGAUGCUCGAGGACAAGUCUGGCACCGUCAACGUCGAGCAGAUCCGCAAGAAGGAUGCCGAGAUCGACGACCUCCGCGCCCGUUUGGAGCGCGAGACCGACUCACGUGUCAAGGCCGAGGAGGACAAGAAGAACACCCGCAAGCUCUUCUCCGACCUCGAGACCAAGGCCGAGGAGUCCGAGCGCAACACCGCCGCCAUCGACCGUCAGAAGAAGAAGCUCGAGGCCGAUCUCGUUGACCUCAAGGCUGCCCUCGACACUGAGUCCAAGGCCCGUUCCAAGGCCGAGAAGGGCAAGAAGAAGCUCGAGCAGACCCUUGCCGAGAAGCGUGCCGCCGAGGAGGGAAGCUCAAAGGCUGCCGACGAGGAGCUCCGCAAGCAGAUCUGGGGAGAGGUCGACGACCUCCGUGGACAGCUCGAUGCCGAGCGCUCUGCUCUCAACGCCUCUGACAAGAAGAUCAAGAUGCUCCAAGCCGAGAUCGACGAGCUCCGCGAGUUGCACGAGGACGAGAUGCUCAGCAAGGACAAGCACGUCAAGGCCAAGAGAUUGAUCGAGGUCGAGCUCGAGGAGGUCAAGGCCUCGCUCGAGGAGGAGGAAGAGGCCAGAAUCGAGGCCGAGGAGGCCAAGCGCCGCAAGGACCUCGAGUUGGAGGAGAUCAAGAAGAAGUACGCCAACGAGGUCGAGACCGCCACCAAGGCCGAGGAGGAGAGAAAGAAGUUCCAGGAGGAGUUGGACGUUCUCAAGAAGACCUUGGACGAGGAGAAGAAGGCCCGCAACGAGGCCGAGCGUGCCCGCAAGAGACUCGAGUCCGAGAACGAGGACUACCUUGCACGUUUGGACCACGAGGUCAAGAACCGUUCCCGUGCCGAGAAGGACAAGAAGAAGUACGAGAAGGAUCUGCGCGAGACCAAGGGCAAGCUGUCCGACGAGGCUGCCACCAAGACCCAGACCGAGAUCGGUGCCGCCAAGCUGGAGGAGUCCAUCGAGGACUUCCGCGCCAAGCUCGACUCUGCCGAGGCUGCCCGUCUGCAGCUUGAGAAGUCCAAGAAGGCCCUCGAGGGUCAAAUCGACGACCUCCGUGCUCAAGUCGACGACGAGGGCAAGGUCAAGAUGAGACUCGAGAAGGAGAAGCGCGCCCUCGAGGGUGAGCUUGAGGAUCUCCGUGAGCAGGUCGACGACGCCGAGGAGGCCAAGUCCGAGGCUGAGAACGCCAGAAGACUCCAGGAGCUCGACCUUGAGGAGGCCCGCCGCAACUUGCAGCGUGAGUCCGACGCCAAGGAGUCCGCUGAGGAUGCCAAGAACAACCUCCAGCGUGAGCUCAUUGAGGUCAAGGGUCGCCUUGAGGAGGAGACCAUCGCCAAGACCAACGCUGACCGCUCCCGCAAGAGACUCGACUCUGAGAUCGACGCCCUUACCGCCCAGGUUGACGCCGAGCAGAAGGCCAAGAACAAGGCCCUCAAGGACCUCAAGAAGAUCGAGAACGACCUUAAGGAGAUCAGAAAGAAGUACGGAGAAGUCGAGAAGACCCUCACCAAGGACUCGCUCAGUGCCGAGAAGCUCGAGUCCGACCUCCGCAAGGCCAAGAAGGAGUUCUCCGACGAGCAGCAACAGCGUCUCACCCUCGAGACCGAGAACCGCAAGCUCCAGUCCGAGAUCAUCAUCCUCAAGGACUCCAUCGAGAAGGCCCAGAGAGACCACGAGAAGACCAAGAGAGAUCUCGAGGCAGAGGUUGUCUCCAAGCAGGAUAUGCAGAGAAAGAUGGGAGAGUUCUUCUCUGGUUUCAAGGCUUAA